AUGUCUCACCUAGGAGCCUCGUUGAAGGAAGCCGUUGUUGGCAGUGCGUCGAGCUUUCCAUGGAACAAGUCGAAUUUGCCAAAGCAAUUGUUCAUUAACAAUGAGUAUGUCGAUUCCAAGAACGACAAGAAGCUGGAACUGUACAGUCCCAAAGACGGAUCCGAGGUUGCCAAGGACGUAGCUCUGGCUGGCGAGCAUGAUGUCGACGCAGCAGUGGCAGCAGCACAGGCGGCAUUUCCGGGUUGGAAGAAGACGCCGCCAACAGUGAAAAGAGAUCUCCUGCUCAAGUUUGCCAACCUCCUCGAGGCACACGGAAAGACGUUGGCGGAACUCACACGUCUCACUCUUGGUGCGCCUUUUGGCUCCUUUGGCUCUUUUGAAAUCAACAUGGCGGUUGAGUCGUUUCGCUAUUUUGCCGGCUGGAUCGACAAGUUCGCCGGAGAAAGCUAUCCGCAAGACGACGGCUUCAUGAAGAUCGUACGCAACGAGCCCUUGGGCGUGACCGCCGGCAUCAUUCCGUGGAACGGUCCCCUCGGAAAUGUCGGCAUGAAAGCCGGUCCUGCUCUAGCUACGGGCAAUUGCUUUAUCCUCAAGCCGUCCGAGAAGACGCCCUUUGCGGCCCUCUCUCUUGGAACACUCAUCAAGGAGGCCGGUUUCCCGCCUGGCGUCUUUCAAGUCCUGUCGGGAGAUGGUACCACUGGUGCGCUGCUUGCGAGUCAUAUGAGCAUCCGUAAGGUUUCCUUCACUGGAUCCACAACGACUGGCCGCAAAAUUCAAGAGAUGGCAGCCAAGAGCAACUUGAAGCGUGUCACUCUUGAGCUCGGCGGAAAGAGUCCAGCUGUGGUCUUUGAUGACGCCAAUCUGGAGAACGCAAUUACAUGGUGUGUCAAUGCCAUUUGUGCCAACACUGGCCAAGUCUGUUUUGCUGCUAGCCGUGUCUACGUGCAGGAGGGCAUCUAUGACAAGUUUGUCCAAGGGUACAAAAAGGCCAUGGAAGAGAGGGCAAAGACGGUCGGCGAUCCCGAUGAAGACAGUACCGUUAUGGGCCCUCUCGUGGACAAGCUGCAAUUCGAGAGAGUCACUGGGUUCAUGGAUCGUGGAAAGUCUCAGGGAACCCUCUUGACGGGAGGCGGACGCGUUGGCUCGACAGGGUUUUUCGUUGAGCCUACGGUCUUUACAAAUGUUCCUGCAGAUGCCGAGAUCUCGCGCAACGAGAUCUUUGGUCCCGUGUCCGUUCUGAACAGCUUCAAGACCGAAGAAGAGAUCGUUGCCAGAGCCAACGAUACUAAUUUCGGGCUCAUGGCGGGUGUUUUUACUCAAGACAUUAACAAAGCGAUGCGCGUCGCCUCUGACAUUGAUAGUGGUAUGGUUGGAAUCAAUUGCGUCUCUCUGUGCUUCCUCACGGCGCCAUUCGGUGGAAGUAAAGAGAGCGGGACAGGUCGGGAAAAUGCCAUUAAUGCGCUGCGCAUGUUUACGGAACCAAAGACUGUCAUGAUUAAUCUGACCUAUUAG